UGCCCGGACUGUCCCGGCGCCGUCAGGCUCCCCAAAGAAAGAUGGCGGCUUAUUUACAUUCUGCCCCGGCCCCGCCAAUGGGCGCCCGCGUGCCCGCCCGGUGCCGCGGUCAGCUGAGGCGGCGCCCAAGAUGGCGGCGGCGAGGGUCGGGGCGGCCGGGAGUGGGGUUGCGCUGCGGUAGAGCCCGGCGCCGCCGCGGGGGCCGCGUCCUCCUGCCCCGCCAGGUGUCCCGGCCGUGCGGGGGAGAUGCAUCCGUUCGGCCGCGAAGAAGCGGCCUCCCAGGAGCGGCUGCUGGGGUUUUUCUGUGAGUGCGUGCGGCGCGGCGGCUGGGGGCUCGCCCAGGCCUGCCUGCCCCAGCUCUGCCGCUGCCCUGCCGACGGCCCCGAGAAGGUGGAAGCGAUCCUGCGGGCGCUCGUAGCGUGUCCCGCGGCGGUGAGAUGUGGACAGAAUUGCAGCCCCUGGAGAACGGCAUGGCUUUGGCUCCUUGUGCUGGAAAAAUGGCUUGCAAGGAAUCAGAAAACUGUUCCAGUUGUUCUUCGGAGAGAAACUGAAUUUUUAUUGUUCUUGGAAGAAUUGCAGAAGGAUGUCUCUGAGGAAGUCCUAAAGGAGCUGUUUGAAGCAUUUGAAUGCACCCUGAACAAGCACACUGCUGACAGGAAAAGGAGAGAUGGCUGUUCUCACAGAUUCAGUUUGGAUGUUGUUUCAGCUCUCCGGAAGCUUUUGUUACGGGCUCCGCAGAGGGCACAAGCCCUGCUGGAGUUCUUCCAGGAGGAACAAGGGACACGCGGCUCCUCACUCCAACAAUAUUGUUCUCUACAAAACAUCUUUGUUGAAUUUCUUCGCGACUCCUUGAAAUCUCUGCAGAGGCUUCAGUGCGGUUCUGAGAUUUCAGAAGUAGAUCAAAGAGAACUAGUAGAUACUAUUUAUUCUGCUCUCAGUAUGGUGACUUUUGAGGUGGAGCAUCAGACUGAUGAAGUACGACACCUGUUCAGGGAGCUCUUGGAUGUAUGCUGGGCUGAGGGAAGCCUGCUGAGGGAGGAGAAGCUCCUAAGCUGUAUGCUUAGGAAACAGAGCCACGGCCUGUUAAACCUAUAUAGCAGUGUUCUCAUAGAAAGAACAAGAGAAAAAUUUCUGGUGUCAAAAUCAACAGGAAAAGGUUCAUCGGAGCAGCUGGAUACAGAGCGAGCCAUGAUGAACUUGUUCUCAGAUCCCAAGGAGGUUGCUUCCUGGAAGACUGCAUAUUUCUACUGCUUGAGCAGCAGCAAGCACUUUCUGGAACAGAUUCUGGUGACAGCAUUAACUUUACUGAAAAGAGAAGACUUCUCAGGCCUGAGCAGCUUAUUGCGGAGAGAAUUCAACCCCCUUAGCCGCCUCUUGGUAUUGCUAGGAUGGACUCACUGUCAAAGCUUGGAAUCGGCAAAAGCAUUGCUAUGGACUCUUCACAAAACUCAGAAUCUGUGCAAUGAUUCGGUACUAAAAGAUUUCUGCGAUGGGCUCUGGGCUCAAGUGGAAGUUCUUGAAUGGUGCAUACAGCAAAACAGUAUUACUAUCCCAAGGAAGGUUCUUUUGCAACACUUGCACAGUCUAGAUUGCCACACUGCAGUGUAUUCUCUCCAUCACCUCACUAAUCUUCUUACACUGAAUGAAGAGGAUGUUAUUGAGCUGCUUCAAAAAGUUCCUGCUAGAGACCAACAGUUGCAGGCAGCACCGCUCCCUAACACCCUAAGUCAGCAACGCAACCUGGCGCUCUUUCGAGCGUUUUGUGCUAUGAAGUAUGCUAUCUAUGCUCUCUGUGUGAAUUCACAUAAGCAUUCCCAGUGCAAAGAUUGCAUAUGCAGCCUUCUUGGUGAUAGCCCUGAAGACGCAACUUCUGCAGAACCAGCAGAUUACUCCUCAGUCUUUCCUCAGUACCUUGCGAAGUGUCACCAGUUCUUAAAGAGUGUUCCUGCUCCUUUGCGCCUGGAGGUUCUGGAGAACAUCUUCUCCUUGCUUUUUGUUUCUUACAGUGACCUCCAUAGUGAGAAUUUUCUACCUGAGGACUAUGCAGAAGAUGAUGAUCUUGAUAAAAAGAGUUGUACAGUGGGCGUAGAAAGCGGUAUCAGUAGGCGGUCUUCUGCCUCUGAAAGUCCACAGCACCUAAUAAAGGUUGAAAAGAAGUUAGAGAGUCAUCUGUUAGCUGCUCAGACAGUCCACUCAGAUCCCCGAGAUCUUACUGACUCAGAGUUGCGUAGCAAAAGCUGUGAGGCCUCUAGGCUGAGCUAUCUGGAUCUAAAACACUUCACCAGUGGUGUCACUGGAUUUUUAGUGGAUGAUGUAGCCAUGGAUGCCUUCCUCACGUUGCUCCUCAACCAGCUGGAAGAAAUUCAGAGUUCUCUCCCAUGGGACUCCAGUAAUGUGCUUCGUGAAGAGCUGGAGCUUGUUGAGUGCUUGAACCUUUCUGCGAGCAGAGAUGGCUUUGGAAGUCGUGUGUCACAGUUUUCCAAAUACCUUUCUGAAGCUCACUGGCGAUACAAGGUGGUGAUGAGCAACAGAAAUGCAGAACAUCAGCUUGCAUCUUCCCGCAGAUACAGCUCUUCAAUUAGGUCCAACAGCUUUAAGAAGCGAAGCAGAUCUCAAAGGUACAAAACAGAUGGGAAAGAGGGAACUUUCAGUCCAUCAUUGGAAAGUACAAGUAGCGAGCUAAGCACCAGUACCUCAGAGGGAAGUACCAGUAAUGUGUCUGGCUCAAGUAAUUUGGAAAGUAGGGUGAGACCACAGCAGCAAAACCCCCUAAUUCCUAUGAUGCUUUCCCCACCAGAAUCACUAUUAGUUUCUUGUGUUUUGAGAGGAAACUUUGUAGAAGCCCAUCAGGUGGCUUUGAUGUUUAAUCUUGAUACUUCACCUUGCUAUGGCGAAUUGGUUUUCAUGGAGCGCUACCAAGAGGCGGUACGAGAAAUGGCCAGAGUGGAGAACAAUAUUGAGAAUCAAGCAUCAGAUGGCACUGGAGGCAUCAGGAAAUCUGGCAGUGGCCGUUCAACGUUGCAAGCUAUUGGGAAUGCAGCAGCAGCUGGUAUGGUAUUUUAUUCCAUCUCGGAUGUUACUGAUAAAUUGCUUGCAACUUCUGGAAGUCUUGCCCCUACUCUCCAAGAAAAUUUCUGGAUCAACAACAUCCAGCUGGAGCAUACUGAUCCUCUCCGGGAAGUCCUUGAGGACCUCAGUCCUUCAGCAAUGGCAGCAUUUGACCUAGCUUGUACUCAGUGCCAUCUGUGGAAGACGUGCAAACAGCUUUUGGAAACAGCAGAAAGAAGACUUUUCAACAGCCUUGAAACUCGGGGCCACCGACCUGACUUUGUUUUACUGCACUCAGAAGGUUUAAAGGGUUUCCCAGCAGUUCUUCAGCAAUUAAGCAAAAUUCUCAAUUACUCAUGCACAUCACAAGGGCAGUCCAAGUCAGAGAUCUCAGAUGAGAAAAUGGGCAGUUAUUUUCGAUGCAGUAUAGUAGACUUUCUUCAAGCUUGCUAUCCUGCCUUGACUGAAGAAAGCAUUACUAAUGAGAUUGUUUUAUCACAACAUCUGGAUCAAAUCCUAAAAGCACUGACGCACGUUGAACGUUCUGUGGACUCUAAAGGGAGCUUGCUUGGCACCUUGGUGGAACAGGCAUCUCUGAAACCUGUGGAACUGGAGAAGCACCUAGUUUGGAAUCAAACACAGCUCCUGCUGAGAACUCUUGACCAACAUCUCCAACCCAUGUCAGAAAGCAACAUGAAGACAAACUUUGUGAAGAUCUUCUUUGACUAUGUUACUACAUUGGUUGCUGUUGUGUUACGAAGUCUGAAUACGGAGCUAGACUUAUCCUCAGAAGUGAAAGUGGGGAAUCCUUUCAUACUGUUACAGCAGAGUCCAUCUCAGCUACUCUCCCAGCUCUUGUUUGAAAGACAGGUUCAACCUGACAGGCUUGCUUCACUCUUGGCUAAAGAAGAGUUGAACUUGAAUGUGCAGCAAGUUAUUGUUAACUGUUGCUGUGAACCACUGUCCUUGUGCAGCGCAAGGCAAACCAGCCAGGCAAAGUCGCUUCUGACAACCAUCAGCAACCUAGCGCAUCAGUGUGCCUGCCACUGCCUGCCGGAUGUUGAAAUACCUACCCCCAGUCCUGCAGUGGCCUCUGAGGACAUCUACACUCAGGCCCCAUCCUCUGUGACUGACUUGAGCCAGAACACACUCACUGCCUCCUCCCUGGACUUCCUGAAGUCUCAGUCAAAAUUAACAGCCACAGUGGCAUGUCUAAGUGCAUCUAAUAUACAGAAAAUUUCCAAAUCGAGUUUAUCUUGGAUGGAAUUUCGAGGCAGACGGGAGGCGCCCUUAGGUUUGGAACAGAUUUCCAGGGAGUGUGAGGCAUUGUUGAAGGAGUUCCCCAUACUGGAACAAUUCCUGCUCGCAAUGUUUGAGCCACUUCAGAAUCAGCAAGAGGAAGGCGUCAGCUUGGCUAGCGCCUUCUCUGGCAAGACAUACAUAUCUUUGGUUCUCCUAGGACUGCAUUCCACCACAGCCGUUAAGGUAUUAAUGGAAGUCUUUGAACAAGCACUUGCUGCAAAGGAUUGGGUCAGAGCUCUGAAGGUCUUGGAUUUGUACAGUCAGGAUGUGGAGGAGUUGGACAACAUUAAGGAUGUUGUGCUGAGCUGUGCAACUGCUGAAGGUAAGGAUGGUUGGCAGUACUUGUUCCCAGUAAAAAAUGCAACAUUGAGAAGUAUGCUGGCCCUGCGCUGCCUGGACAAAUGGCCACUUGAUGCCUGUUUGGAAAUACUAGCUUAUUGCAUUUCUGAUUUGGGCAAAACUGAUGAACUAAAAGCCAACUUGCAGAGCAGGAAGAAAGAACUUCAGGUUUAUCAAAAGAUUUUGAAUUUGCAAAACGAACCUCUGUGGAAUGACUGGCAAGAUCUGAAAAAAGCCUGCACUGAUGAUCCCCAGACCAUCAUGAAUAUCAUUCUGAAGGCAAAGGAUUAUGAGUUGUGUGAGGAAUGGGGGCACUUAUAUCCUGUCCCAAGAGAAGACUUAAUCAACCUUCACCGUGAGCACCUUCUCCACUUACUGGAGACAGGUGACAUGGAAAAAGCACUGCAGCUUUUGCAAAGAAUAGAAGACCCUGGUAUUUGCCUUGCAAUCAGUGAGCAGUCCCUUGACCAGCAUCCCAGCUUGGCAGCAUCUCACUUCUUAGCUGAUUACCUCACAAAUCACUUCUACAAGAAUCUGACGACAGCACGCCGUAAUGAAAUCCAGGCACUCUAUAUGGGAUCAAAAGUGUUGCUGACUCUACCUGAGCUCUCCCGUGUUAACUACUUCCACCUCUCCUCCAGGCCACUGCUUAUGCUGGAACAGCUGCUCAUGAAUAUGAAAGUGGACUGGGUAGCUGUGGCUGUGCAGACACUGCUCCAGCUCUUAGGUGGACAUGAAGUUGGCUUCACUGUAGAAGACGUUGACAGUUUGCUCUCAAAGUAUGCAGAAAAAGCCCUCGACUUCCCCUAUGCAUUAAAAGAAAAGCGAUCAGAUUCUGUGAUACGUAUCCAAGAAAAUCUCAGUCAAAUACUAGAGUGUGAAGCAACGUCUAAAUCAGGAUCAUCAGAACUGUCUCCUGCCAGUUUUACUGGUAAGGGUGUAACAAUGUCUGCAAGUCCCAGAGAAAGAAGUUUGCAGCAAAAUUUGUUUCCUCAGGAAUUUGUGCCACCUGAAAAGCCACCUCCAAAGCAAGAAUGGAUACCCGAUGACACUGAAACGAUAUGUAUGGUUUGCAAAUCUGAACGCUUCACUAUGUUUAACAGGCGUCAUCACUGCAGGCGUUGUGGCAGGCUGGUGUGCAGUUCUUGCUCUACCAAGAAAAUGGCAGUAGAAGCUUGUAGAGAAAAUCCAGCUCGAGUAUGUGAUCAGUGCUAUAGCUACUACAACAGAGAUCAUCUGCCUGGCUUGGUACAUGACACAAGCACCACGAAAGAAGAUCAGGACCAAGUGGAAGAAGCUCCUGAUAAUGAGUAUUCCACAGUGGUGCGAAUACCCAAGGCAACUGAGCUUGAAUGGAUUUUUUCCCUGAAUGAAGAGGAGAAUGAAAUUGUGCGCAGUGAAUUUUAUUAUGAACAGGCUCCCAGCUCUUCCUUGUGUAUUGCCAUCCUUAGCCUGCACAGCAACAGUAUAGCGUGUGGCCACCAGCUGAUAGAGCACUGCUGCAAAUUGUCCCAAGGGCUCACUAAUCCUGAGGUAGAUGCUGGACUCCUUAUGGACAUCAUGAAACAGUUACUCUUCAGUGCCAAAAUGAUGUUUGUAAAAGCUGGAAGGAGCCAAGAUCUAGCGCUCUGUGACAGCUAUAUCAGCAAAGUGGAUGUGUUGAAUAUUUUGGUUGCUGCUGCCUACCGUCCAGUACCAUCUUUGGAUCAGAUUCUUCUCCCUGCAGCAGUAACAAGAUUAAGAAAUCGGCUUUUGGAAGCAGAGUACUAUCAACUAGCUAUAGAGGUUUCUACAAAGUCUGGCUUGGAUCCAAGUGGAGCAUGGCAUGCCUGGGGCAUGGCUUGUCUUAAAGCUGGAAAUUUAAGCUCAGCAAGAGAGAAGUUUAACCGGUGUUUAAAGCCACCUGUGGAUCUAAACCAGCUGAACCAUGGUUCAAGGCUUGUCCAGGAUGUGAUACAAUACCUGGAGUCCACAGUGAAGCCCGUACUCAUUGCGCAGGAUGAUGAUUACUUUGCCACAUUGAGGGAACUUGAAGCAACGCUGAGAACAAGAAGUCUCUCUCUGGAGAUGAUGUGUGAGGGGAAGGUUCAACACAACAGCUACUAUCAGGAGUGCUUGUUCUAUUUACAUAGUUAUGGCACUAAUCUGGCAAUAAUAAGCUUUUACAUGAGACAUGACUGUAUGAGAGAAGCACUGCUUCACUUGUUAAAUAAGGAAUCCCCAUCAGAAGUGUUCAUUGAAGGGAUCUUCAUUCCAAGCUAUGAAAGUGGAAAACUGCAUAUGUUGGAGAACUUGCUGGAAACCAUUGAUCCAGGAUUGGAGAGCUGGGGUAUCUACUUGAUUGCGACCUGCAAAUACUUGCAGAGAAAGAACUACUACCACAUUCUGUAUGAGCUACAACAGUUCAUGAAGGAUCAUGUUCGUGCUGCUAUGACCUGCAUUAGAUUUUUCACUCAUGGAGCAAAAUCAUACACUGAACUGGGAGGCAAACAAACGUGGCUUGUAAAGAUUAAGGACCAUCUCAAAGUCUACCUGCAGGAGGUCUCAAGAAGUUCAGGAAGGAAGAAAAUGGUAUACACUUUUCGGAAGAAAAUGUCUGCUACAGAUGUGUCGAGGCACAUCAAUACAGUUGAUCUGCAGAUGGAAGUAACUAAGUUCUUGCAUCGAUGUGAGAUCUCAGGAACCUCUCAAAUGACAGGUCCCUCCCUGCCCACACUCUUCGGAAACAAUAGCAUGAAAAUGGAUGUUGCUUGCAAGGUCAUGUUGGAAGGCAAAAACAUUGAGGAGGGAUUUGGGAUUGCCUUCAGAGUCCUUCAGGACUUCCAGCUGGAGGCUACAGAAGUGUACAGCAAAGUGGCCAAGCAGCUGGUGAAGCAGCAAAAGUACAGUGAGAUCCGGCAGCUCCUCAAGUGUGUCAGUGAGUCUGGAGUGGCAGCCAAAAAUGAUGGGGAUAACAUUAUCUUAAACUGUCUAAAUGAAUUCAAGAACAUACCUGCUGAGGAUCUUGAUAAUCUGAUCCAGGAUAUGGACAGUGAUGAAAACAAGAUCCAAGCGUACCUGAUGUGCAACAAGUUGCGUUCUGCCUAUCUGGUCUCGGUGAGACAGGAGAAGACCAGAGCAGUGCAGCUAGUCCAGCAUGUGCGCCAGCUGGCUGAGAACAGUGGAGAAGAUGUUGUGCAGGCUAUCUGUACCCAGUGGCUUGCCGUGCACCAGCCCAAAAUGAGAAAUCGCCUUGCCCAGGGCAGUAGGAAGUAAUUGACGUUCGCCAUCAUGCAGAAGGGGAAGACUUCAAGACAGCUUAAAGGCAUGCAGUCCACCAGUCUCUUGGUAAAAGGGAAGUCUCCUGACUUGUGUUGGUGGCAAAUGGAAGCUGCUAAUGUGCCUCUGGUUGGAAGGAAGGGAACUAAAUUACAAGUGCCAGUAUUUUGACAGUGACUACCUCAGGGUGUUUUUUGGGUAUUUCUUUGAUUGGGGGGGUGGGAGGGUGGCAUUUGCAAACUGAACAAGCAAGAUUUUAGGUUUAUGGAAGAGAGCACUUGUGUUUUUUAGAAAUGCACUGACCUUUAUUGCAUGUAUUUUAUUUCUAAUCCAGAAAACCUGUAUAGAGAGGAGAGAAAAAUCUCACCAGCUCAAUGUAGCCUAAAGUAUAAAACUUUGAUUGUGGGUUUCCUGUAAAAUUUUUCAAGAUUGGAGAGCUCUUUUACAAAGACUGAAAUUCAGAGAUGAUUGUUUUUAAAGCCUCUAUAAAAAAAUUAUUGCUACCUUCCCUCCCCCUCGUCCCCCCAGUGCAGUGUGCUCAAUUUCUGUAGUUCAUUUGAAAAAGAUGCAUAAAGAAGCAGCUGCCUCUCUGCAACCAUGAGUGGGACAUGAGAAAUGAGCAGAAGAAAGGUAGACAGCAGUAGGACCUUCUAAAAGAAGCAACACACAACGUGGCCACGAGAGUUUGUUUGCCAGUAGCAUGUACUUCAGCAUGAGAGGUGGGAAAACUAGUUCACUUUUUUGUGAGAUUGGUUAGUUUUUUUUACUUUCUGCAAAAGAAACAACAGUAUUUCUGAAGUGUAACAUAACUGCAAUAUAACUUUUAGUACAUAAAACAAUUGAGACUGUUUUGUACUACCCCCGAACUCACUGCAGUGACGGAAUCGGCUUCCAUAGCAUUGAAAAGGGACUUGCUCUAUCUCCUUUGGGUGUUUCAGGAGCUGUGCUCCACUGACACUAACCACAUUUAGAUUUCAGAAUCUCCCAAUCACGGAUUUGCACAAUCUCAUUAGUGAGCAGUACUAAUGACAGCUGCUUUUGUUUUCUUGGCCAAACUGACCUAGCUUGCCAUCAGCUUAGAGCUGUUAGGCUAAUCCUAAAACGUGACACUAUCUAUCUCUUUGAUGACUUCUAACUCACUUCUGAAUAACUAGGGGGGGAGGUUCUACGGUAGAUGUGCUUUCCUGUAACACCUACACUUCUGCUCAAGUUCUUUACAGCUGCAUAGAGCACAGAGUGGAGUUUUUCACGCAGACCAGUCAGUUCUAUACCUGCCUUUCUCCUUGACCUCUUUGCACUGUACCUUAUGCACUUUAUACAGUGUUUGUUGUAAUUUGAUGUUCUUAACCUGGAAUUGUAGGGAUCUAUCUUUCACUGGAACUGGAAUUUUGAUCCUGACCAACUGCCUUGUGUCAUGAAUAGUGCAAUUAUCAGGAGGCUUUGAAUUUUUGAGCUUCAGAAAUGAAUUGAGUACUGCCAUUU